ACUCCUUUCCACUCGUUAUGUGGCAACUACCAAAUCCGUUUGUUUUUGUGAUUUUCUUUUAUGCUCAUUCCACACGUGUUUUAAUUGGGAAAAGUGUACAACGAAUACUAGUCCUAAAUUUGUUAAAUAAAAUGGAAUUGUUUACGAUAAAUCGGUAUACCACUGAAAAACCACAGGAAGCGAGUAAAAAUGAGGAAGCCAUUCUGCAGCAAAUUCUUCAAAAAGUGGAAAAACGUAAAAGAAAAAAGAGCACCGUGGAAUUGAUUGACAUUGAAGCUGGGCACGAAAAGAAGAAACCUUUGAAUGAUGUUAUCAGUAAGGACCCAGCUAUAUCAGAGCUUAAGGAUAUCAACACAGCAGAAGUAAUUGAUACCGAUAAAGAUGUCGAUCCAGUUGCUGAUGAUGAACCCGAAGAAAGCCAUUUUCAAGUGCUCGGCGAAGAUGUGGACAAAAGCAAGCCCCAAAAAGUCAAUAUGGUGUUGCCUUCGUGGCUGGCACAUCCAACAGUAAUUUCAACAACAGUUGCACCAAAAAGUGAUGCAGCGUCCGAUGAUGCGGCCAUUAACAAAUUAACCUAUUUAGCACCACAUAUACGUCAUACACUUAAAGAAAUGCAAUUCUCCCGACUAUUCCCUGUGCAAACAGCAGUGAUACCAUGGUUACUAGAGGCUCAAGCCAAGCCGCCACCAUUCCGGCCGCGUGAUAUCUGUGUUUCGGCGCCUACGGGCAGUGGUAAAACACUCGCGUUUGCCAUACCGGUUGUACAAUUGCUGGCCAAUCGUGUUGAGCGGAAGAUUCGUGCAUUGGUUGUGCUGCCAGUUGCUGAAUUAGCAUUGCAAGUGUUUAAAGUGUUUAAGAAGUUAUGUGAAAAAACAGAUCUGUCUGUUUGUCUGUUGUCCAAAAAGUUUCCAUUCGCUCAGGAGCAAGAAAAACUGGUCGAAUUGUACAAGGGGCAAUAUUACUCCAAAGUCGAUAUUGUGGUGACAACACCUGGCCGAUUGGUCGAUCAUUUGCAUGCCACCAAAGGAUUUUGUUUAAAAGCUCUGCGAUUCCUUGUUAUUGACGAAGCCGAUCGUAUAAUGGACGCUGUUUUUCAGAAUUGGCUUUAUCAUUUGGACGAACAUGUGCGUGCUACUUCCGAUCAACUGCUCUCAGGACGCGCAGCACCAUUAUGCUUUCGCGAAUUGGAGUCCUCGUAUGAUACACAACCUCAUAAAUUACUGUUUUCAGCGACACUUUCACAAGAUCCGGAAAAACUACAAAAUUUGCGAUUAUUCCAGCCCAAACUAUUUACAUCCGUACUAGCAAACUUAUCGCAGGUGCAAGAAAAGUUCGCUGACGCGACAAGCAGUGAAGUGCAAAAGAGUGAGGAAUUGAGACGAGGUGAAUUCAUUGGCAAAUAUACAACGCCAGCAGAGCUGUCCGAAUGUUAUUGCAUCAUAGAAAAUCGUAUAAAACCGCUAACGCUUUUCGCUCUGAUUAACGAAAAUGAAUGGACCAAAUUCCUAUGUUUCACCAACAGUGCCGAGUCGUCGAACAGAUUGUCAUUCGUACUGAAUUCCUUAUUUAAAGAAGACUUGGUUAUACGAGAGCUGAGUGCAUCCAUUACACCAAAAGAGCGCGCAAAUGUGUUGAGUCAAUUUGCCCGUGGACGUAUCAAUGGUUUGGUAUGUUCGGAUGCAUUAGCACGUGGUAUAGACAUACCCGAUGUGGACGUCGUCAUCUCUUAUGAUCUGCCGAGACACAUAAAAACGUAUAUACAUCGCAUUGGCCGUACUGCGCGUGCCGGCAGCCCAGGCACAGCAAUAACUAUGCUAACACAAAAGGAACUGCAACAAUUCAAUCAUAUUCUCGGAGAAGUGGGUAAAAUUCUAACCAACGAAAUGACCGUAAAGACCAACUAUGAGGCCGAGUAUGCCAAGCAAUACACAAUGGCGCUGCAAGAACUGCGCAGGAAAGUGGAACAAGACAAACGCUUGCAAAUAUUGCGAAAGGAACGCGUCAAGGAUAAUGCCAAAUUGGCGGCUAAAGAUCCAUCAAAGAUGUCCGUCAUGGAGAAAUUGCAACUGCAGGUUUCGACACAAGUGGGCGACAUAGAGCAGGACAAGGAAGAAAGUCGAAUGCAAAAAAAUAAUAUGAAGAAUAAUAUGGUUAAGCGCAAGAAAUUUAAUGCAAGUGCAGGCAAAACUAAAGAAAUACAGAAAUAAUGUGAUCAACUAUAUUCAAUA